CCCACCCGGCCGCAUUGUUUUGCUUCUCUCUCUCUCUCUCUCUCUCUCCCCACCCGCGCAGCCAUGCAUAGUGGACCCAGCCAACAACGACUAAACCACGAGCUGCCCAUUGCUGCUACUACCCUUGGACGGUUUGGAUGUUGAAGCAGCCGUGCGUACAGUGCGGUGCCUGUAGAUAUGCUUAUACUUACAUAGAUACUACAUAGCACGCAUACUACUACCCCACAGCCUCUCACGUACCCACGCACCCAUCCAUCCACCAUGCCUUCCGGGUCCCCUACCUCACAGCCACCUUUUCCCUCCCCCAACGCCAUCCCGCCCCGGACAAGCUCUCACGGGCUCAUAAACGGCGUCAAAGCCCGCUCCUCGGUCCUGCGCCCUUUAUCAGAGGUCGACUGGCUGAGCCAAAGCAAACAGAGCAAGCUCCAACCCCACCAGCAGACCUCGGUGCCGCCCGCAGCAGCCAUGGAUCCGUCGCAACAACCCACCGACACUACGCCACAGGAGCCGCCACCGCCCACCACCACCGAGACCUUGGGCGCGGAUCUUGUGUACGGCCACACAACACGCUGGACCGAUGACAAGGAACGUAUACUGCUGGGGCCGUACGAUUAUCUGCUCGGUCACCCGGGCAAGGAUAUACGCAGCCAAUGCAUCGCUGCAUUCAACAAGUGGCUCAAGGUUCCCCAAGAUCGAUUGCAAGUCAUUACCCGCGUAGUGGGCAUGCUACACACUGCUUCACUACUUGUCGAUGACGUCGAAGACAACUCCGUCCUACGCCGUGGCAUCCCCGUCGCUAACAGCAUAUACGGUGUCGCCCAAACCAUCAAUACUGCCAACUAUGUAUAUUUCAAGGCCUUGCAAGAGCUCAUCAUCAUGGGCAAUCCUCUCCUCGUCCAAAUCUACUCGGAAGAACUGUUGAACCUGCACCGAGGACAGGGCAUGGAACUUCAUUGGAGGGACAGCUUGACAUGUCCAACCGAGGCUGACUACCUUGAAAUGGUGGACAACAAAACAGGUGGACUUUUUCGACUAGCCAUCAAACUAAUGCAGGCCGAAAGUUCCGUAGCCAUUGACUGUGCCCCUCUCGUUUCAACCAUUGGUCUACUCUUCCAGAUUCUCGAUGACCAUCUCAAUCUCUCACCCAGCAGCGGUUAUUCCGAUCUCAAGGGCCUCUGCGAAGAUCUCACCGAGGGCAAAUUCUCCUUUCCCGUGAUCCAUGCCAUACAUACCGACCCUGCCAACCGCAUUCUCUACAACAUACUGAAACAAAAGACGACAGACGAAGAAGUCAAGAGAUAUGCGCUGAAGUAUAUGCAAAAGAAGGGAAGCUUCGAAUACAGCAUGUCUGUUAUCGAUGAUUUAAGGGGCAAAGCCCUGGCCCUAGUUGCUGAGGCGGAGAAGCUGCUGGCAGGCCAAGAUGAUAAGAGCGGAAUGGAAGGUGCUGAGGGGCUCAGAAGUUUACUUGCAAAGUUGGUGGUACGAUGA